GUAUGCCAUUUAUAAUUAAAUUUGGUCGAAAAAACUUAAGAUCUUAUGUUCUUGCUCUUGUUUUCUUGUUUUUGUUUUUAUUUCUUUUUGAAUCGAUGUUUGUUUGAUUUUUGUCAAAUCCUCCUUUACUCUGAUUCUGCAAGAAAAGAAUCGACUGUUGGAUAAAUUCCCAUAAGAUACAAGAAAAAAGCUUUACUUCUCCAAUAAAAGUUUCAAUCUUUUUUUCUUGUUAGGGUUUUCUCUCUCUUUUCUUUGAGAUAUUUCAAUCAGAGGAGAUAUAUCAAAAAAAUGAUAGAUUUCAGUCGAGUCCAGAAAGAGCUUCAAGAUUGCAGCAGAGACAACGAUUCUUUGGGUAUCCGGGUCAGCCCGAAAGCCGAUAAUCUCACCCGACUCACCGGAGAUAAUCUCACUGUUCACUUUCUCACUUUCUCUCUUUCUCUCUCAAGAACAAAGUAGAUCUAGUUGUAGAUCUAGUGUUUAUUUUCAAUGUCGUACGAAUUUUUUGUGAAGAAGGAAAGAAGAAAUGUUGUUGCGUGUGUGUUGUCCGUCGUCUCUCUUCUACCUCCGACCACUUCAUCUCUUCAGUUCAACUUCGAAACUCCCUUUUUGUCUCUCCUUUCGCCGACAAUUUCGAUUGACCUGAUCUUCCUUCGGUCGGAUGGAGUCUUCUUCGGCUUCGUCUUCGUCUCCGACGACUGUAACAGAUUCAUCUACUGAUUCUUUAGCGAAAGAUCUGCAGAAUCAAACUCUUGGAGCUGUUGAUGAAGGUUGUUGUAAGGUUAAAUGGAAGGUCGAAGAUUUUAACUGGGACCACUCCUUUGUUAAGGAAUUGCCUGGUGGUCCCAGAACCGAUGUUAUCUCUUGUGAGUGUUGUUUAAUUUGGAAUCAUGAGGAAUAUUCAGGUAACUCUAAGCGCUCCUCUGAUGCAAAAGGCUGGACAUGUAGUUUAUUCAGAUCGAAUAGGCACGGGAUUACAGUGUGGGAGGUGCUGAGAGAAAGCAUUGUGGCAGUGCGUAUGAUUUCAGAGUUUAACUUUCAGAUGUUCUUGCUGAGUACACGCACAUUUAGAUGAGAGAUGUUCCACGAUGUCUCGAUUGAGAUAAACCAGAUGGUGUUUGGUUUCAGAACUGCCGCAGGCAUUGGAAUCUUUCUAUGAGAAGUUCGAUCCAGAUGUUGAUGUUUCACCAGUGUGUAGAGCAAACCCAUCAGCACUCUCAACAGAAAGCUUUCUAUCAUGCAUUACUGAGUGAGAUGAUUCUGGUUCAGAGAGAAGUCGUGAGCCAUUGUUAGCAAGAAAUACACCUUUAGAAGCAUUUCCAUUGUACACAUCCUUCCCUAGGAUAUUAUUGACAUAUCUUGAGCGAGCUUUAUGCUUGGGAAAGUCUUCAAGCUGCUCAAGAAUAGUUUGGCUCAUUGAAAGUCCCUCGUCAAUGUUGGACAUGCUGAAGUUAACAAGCUUCUCUAUUGGAUUUGUAAUAUCCUCAUCCAGAGUUAGAUCUUCGGUGCCAAUUUCAGAAAUAUCAUCCUGUCCUAAACUUGGUGAUCCAAGCUCAGAUGUUUCGUAAGCAGUAUCACUGCCAUAGUCAGAUGUAAGAGAACUCCCACCCGCAUGAAACAAGCUCAGACUUGGGUGAACCAAAGGAGACGAACUUGUGCUAUUUCUAUCAUUAUUGGCAUCAGAGGCAUUCUGAUCUACAUCUUGGCAUGCUGAAAAGCAAGAUCAUGUUAGACUCUAAUCACAUAUCACAGAACUGACCAAUGCACGACUUAAGUGCAUACUGUAAUAGCUCAUACCAGACCUAGCAGCAGCUUCUAGUUCAAGAAAGGAUGCAACUACGACACUUCUUGCCAAUUCUAUAUCAGAUAAAAGCUUCGGUAUCCACUCCUCAAGAGAGCACCUUCUCUGCAACGAGGUCACAACUAUCACUUGUGAAACAAAUAGUUUACACGAAUAAUUGUAAUUUUUCUGUUGGGACAUGGCUUUCCAUAUAUUUAUACACAUGAAGUCUACCAUCAAUCUGCAUUAUUCGUACUUAA